AUGAGUAUCUCUCAUUCGUCAUCACCUAAUUUUGAGGAAAAUCCACAUUUCAAGAUUACUGAUCGGCAGCAUCCAGUAUCUGGUGUAGAAUACCUACAAGGAAAUAAUAAUUGUUUUGAGGAGGAAGAAGAAUGGCAAUCGAAGUUGGAUGUCUGGCGCGAAAAGCGUCGUCAAGCCUUACGCACUGAAGCAACUAAGUUCGCUUUACUACAAGAGCGUGAAAGUAGAGAGAACGAAAGGCGAAAAGAAGAAGUAAAAGAUCGCUUACGCAAAGCCAAAAGCCAACGUAAUCUAAUUUCCAAUGAGCAUGUUUCCCCCUUGGAUUUAGCUCCAUCACCAAAAAUAAACAGUCCUGGUGUCGCGUUAUUAACAGGCGGCGAUUUCGAUUCACCCACUAUCAGUCAUUUUGAAAAAUUUCAAGCGGAUACAGUUCCAGCAUCACAAUCGGUUCCGAUGAAUAAAUUCCAGUUCACAGAGAGUUCAGAUCUUUUUAAAUCAAACGACUCCGGAACCGAUGUAAACGCCUAUUCCAAUCGUUCCACACCUGUAUCUGAAAAUAAAACAAAGGCCCAAAAUAAUAAUAAUAAUACGGACAAAAUAAUCGAUGUUUCUUCUUCAAAUGAUAAUUCUGUCGAAAAUUUUACCAAAUGUAAUCCAAUUGAAAUUGUUCGUGACUCCUUGUCGAAACCAGCUGCUAGUAAAGCAGAUAACUACAACCUUGAAGUCACUCCGGAAACAAAAUUAUCUUUUGAUAUGAGCUCUAAACUGAAAGACUAUUCACAAUGCAAAUUACGCUUGUCAUCAAGACCUGGAGUAUCAGAAAUUCAUUGGGGACUAACAAUAAAAGCACAAGGUCCUUCAAAUACUUCCCCUUUUUUUAUUGAACGCGUUAAAAUUGGUAGUUCAGCAGAUAUCUGUGAAUUUCAGAAAGGUGAUAUAUUAGCUUCUAUUGAUGGCGUAAACUUGGGUAUAAGCCGAAAGAACACUGACAGUAUCAGUAAUCAAAUUACGAAGUUAGGCGAUCUAGAAAACCUGCUGGCUCAGUUAGUUUUGGCUAACAAACCGAUUACUGUUCAAGUCUUCAGAAAAACGGAUGAACUUG